UCUCUGCAGAAGUCACAAGCGCUCUCUUGGGGGGCUCCUGGUUGCGGAGCACCCAGCCUUCACAUAGACACACCUGUGCGAGAAGCCGGAGGGGAAGAAAGACACAGGCCCAGGGGCCCUGCCCUUUGUGCACGAAGGCCCGGGACCCUGCCUGCCUCAGCAAGGCCACAAUGAAUCAAGGAGCCGCUUUUAGGCACCUGCUCCUGGUGCUGCAGUUGGUGAUGCUCGAAGUAGCUGUCCCUCAGGGAAAGGAAGUGGUGCUGGGGAAGGCAGGAGGCACGGCAGAGCUGCCCUGCCAAGCAUCCCAGAAGAAGUACAUGGCCUUUACCUGGAAACUUUCUUCCGAGGUCAAGAUUGUGGAAAGUCAGAACUCCAUCUUUUGCCUUACAGGCUCCUCCAAGCUGAAAACUCGCUCUGAAUGCAAAAAAAUCCUGUGGGACCAAGGAUCCUUUCCUCUGGUCAUCAAGAGCCUUCAAAUCGCAGACUCAGGGAUUUACACCUGUGAAGUGGAGGACAAGAAAAGAGAGGUGGAACUGCUGGUGUUCGGCUUGACUGCCAAGGUGGACCCCAGCGGCAGCAGCAGCAGCAGCAGCACCAGCACCAGCAGCACCAGCACCAGCAGCACCAGCAUCCACCUGCUGCAAGGGCAGAGCCUGACCCUGACCUUGGAGAGCCCCUCCGGUAGUAACCCUUCGGUGCAAUGGAAAGGUCCAGGGAAUAAAAGCAAGAGUGGGGUCCACAGCCUCUCACUGUCCCAGCUGGAGUUGCAGGAGAGUGGCACCUGCACAUGCACUGUCUCCCAGAGCCAGAAGACACUGGUGUUCAACACAAACAUCUUGGUGCUGGCUUUCCGGAAGGUCUCUAACACGGUCUAUGCGAAAGAAGGGGAGCAGGUGGAGUUUUCCUUCCCGCUCAACUUCGAAGAUGAAAACCUGAUGGGGAAGCUGAGGUGGAAGGCAGAGGGGGCUCCCUCCUCCCUGCUCUGGAUCUCCUUCACCUUGAAGAACAAGAAGCUAUCUGUGAAAGAGGUUGACCAGUACUCCAAACUCCAGAUGAUGGACUCACUCCCGCUCCGCUUUACCCUGCCCAACGUUUUGUCUCGUUAUGCCGGUUCUGGAAACCUGACCCUGGUCCUUGACAAGGGACAGUUGCAGCAGGAAGUAAAACUCGUGGUGAUGAGAGUGACUCAGUCUGGGAAAAAUUUGACCUGUGAGGUGCUGGGACCCACCUCCCCUGAGCUGACGCUGAGCUUGAAACUCGAAGGACAGGCUGCCAAGGUCUCAAAGCAGCAGAAGAUGGUAAGGGUGGAGGACGCCGAGGUGGGAACAUGGCAAUGUCUACUGAGUCACAAGGACAAAGUCUUGCUGGCAUCCAAGGCCGAGGUUUUGCCUCCUGUGCUCACCAGGACCUGGACAAAUCUCUUGACCAUCGUGCUGGGCGGGGUCCUAGGCCUUAUGCUUUUCACUGGGCUCUGGGUCUACUGCUGUGUUAAGUGCUGGCACCGCAGGGUGAGUGAGCCUCCCCAGAACCCCCUUUCACUUCCCACAGGGCAUGUGAGCACCGGAGACCUUUACAGCAACAAGGAUCUCCUGUAUAUGCGACGCACUCGUGCUCUGGCUCUCUCCGCCCGCGCACCGAGUUCCCUCGCGGGCGACUGGGCCCUGUCCCAGAUCCCAUGCAGAGGGAGAGACUGGAAAGAGCAAAGGGUUAAUUCUGGGACAGAUGGCCUCAGCCACAGUAACUGCUUCUCCUCUCCCAGCUCUCCCCAUUCCUGCCUCCAAGGGGCACCUCCCUUCUGGAGGCCUGGGACCCUCAUGACUCCUCUCCUUCUUCCUGGACAGCGCCAGGCAGCGCGGAUGUCUCAUAUCAAGAGACUCCUCAGUGAGAAGAAAACCUGCCAGUGCUCCCACCGGUUACAGAAGACAUGUAAUCCCAUUUGAGGCACAGGACCGGGGAGCUUCCCACUUGCAGUGCAGCCUCGCCAGCUGUCUCCCCUUGCAUUUCCUGCUGGGCUCCUGGGCCUGCGGACCAGAUGAAUGUAGCAGACCCCAACAUUUCCGGCCGUCUCCUGCUCUCUUUGUCCACGCUUGGCCAUUGGCUCUCCUCUUGCAGAGGCUUACACCAUUUCCUCCCCAUUUCCUUUGCAUCAAGCCUAGCCCUGAUCCAUGAUUUCUUCCCAGCUCCCUCCCCCAUUGCCUCCUGGGCCCAGGGAACCACAUGGGACCAGCCGUACCUGGCAUGGAGGGCAAGGGUGGGUAUCUGAAGCAUGAAGCAUAGGGCUGCCAUUUUAUUGGACAGGACCUUGGGACCAGAGGGGACAGGCACUAGCCCGAGAUCACACAGCCAGUCAAGGGCACAUCCGGAUCAAAAGCCUCCUGACUGCUAGUGUCCACUGCUCCAUUCUCCCCGCUUCCUCACUCUGUUUUGGCAGGGCACGGACUCACAUCCUGACCUGUGCACAAACAGGCACCGCUGGACACAAACCCAUGUACAUAGCCCACCCUUGUGCACAGACACAAUUCCUUCAUCACCCAAGCAGUAUGUCUCAGUUUAUGAGCCAGUCUCACAUCCUUUGUCUGUUUAAACCUUAUGAAACUCUUACGGAGCCAGUACUGACAGGACCAAGAUUAGCAUCUCCAGCUUAUAGACCGGAAAUGGAACUCAGAGAGGUCAGAUGAUUGCCCAAGGUCACACAGCUAGUACGUGCCAGAGUCAGGACUAGCACAGGUCUCUUAACCCCUAGUUCCGUGGCUGUUUCCUGAACACAGACACAAACACCACGCAAAUCUCUGCAUCUGGUUAGUCACUGAUGCCCAGUACCCACCUUUGGAUUCAUAAAAGCACACCACCCCACUCAGGGUCUGCCUCAGAGAGUUCAGAAACACAGAAGAGGGCCUCCCUGCCUAAAAUCCCUCUCUCUCACCUGCUGGUGGCAGAAUCCUGUUACCAGCGGACAAAAGCUGGCAGUUCUCCUAAUCAGAGCACAGGCUGGGAACACAGGCCCUAUGGGAGAGAGUGCCCAGUGACCUACCACUCACCCUGUUGCGGAACCUUCUGGAAGGUGAGCUUUGCCAGGGGGAGGGGGCGAGGAGCUGGCUGGAGAGAGAAUACUUUGAGAGGACCUCGUGGAAGGGUUCAGUCCCCCUGCCCUGCACUUUCCUUCAUCCUUCCUCCAAACCAUUCAGGAAGCAGGAAAAUUGGGGUUACAAGUAUUUUUCCUCCUCUUCUUGAACCAUCUCUCUCAGGAACCCUCAGCCUCCUCUGCCUUUCCUUCCUUCCCUUUCUCACCACCUGUGUCAGUCCCUACCCCCUUUCCCUUGUCUUCUCUUUCCAGCUUGCCCCUUCCAGGGAGGACACCAAGUUGACACCAAGGCUCCCCACUGCUUGCUUCGUAUCCCUGCCUGCUCCUGCCCCUGCCUCCCUGAGCUGACAGAAAAAUACAAUAAACUUACUG